AUGGCAAAGUUAAGUUGUGGCGCAAGAUGUCUCAAAUUUUGCCUUUUCGUCUUUAAUUUGGUUUUUUUGCUAUGUGGUUUGGUAUGUGUCGGUAUUGGCACAUGGCUUGUGCUAGAUCGAUAUGCAGUUGAUAGCUUAGCAACUGCUAGUGAAAAAGUUCAAGUUACUGAUGAUGGAUUACGAGAAUUGGCAUCUAAGCCAGCAGCGGUACGACAAGUUGGUUAUCUGCUAAUUAUUGGUGGUAUAAUUGUCAUUGUUGUUUCAUUUCUGGGAUGUUGUGGAGCAGCGAAAGAAUGGCGUUUACUUUUAUGUUGCUAUGCAACAUGCCUAAUGAUUAUAUUAGCAACACAGAUAGCAGCAGCGAUAUAUGCUGUGAUGCAUAGCCAUAUGUUUGCGCAAGAUUUUCGACAAAUUUUAAAAGCAUCGUUAAAACUUUACAAUGGAACGGAUACUGCACAUAAAACAUUCGAUGAUACGGUACUCAUGAAGGCUGCCUGGGAUAAAAUUAUGAUUGAGAAAUCUUGUUGUGGUGUAGAUUCAAAAAUUGGUGAUUUCAAUGAAAGCGGUUGGUAUCAGCUAACUGGUCGAAAACAUCAUUUUCCGCCAGCUUGUUGUCCACCAAACAAAAAUGGUGUUUUGAUGGAAUUUUGUCCCACAAUAGCCAGAUAUGGUGAUGGUUGCUAUAAUAAAAUUAAAGAUUCUGUGCAGGCCUUAUCGACUCAUUUCAAGAUUGUUGCAUGGACUGUAAUCAGUAUUGCAUUGAUACAGGUAUUUGGUAUAACAGUAGCAUUUUGCUUAUGUAAUGCUAUUGGAGAAGAUGAAUACCAGUAG